AUGAAAUCAUUUCUAUUUUCUCGUUGUCCUCUCCAAAAUCUAUCUGGUGUCUCCUGGGGUCUCUCUCCUUGUCUGUCGUUUGGUCCGAUUCAGAAUCUAUUUACUGUCGUUUGGUUCUCGAUUGUUCAAACUCAAACUGUGUCCGCUUCAAUUAUGGAAUAUUGAACCAAACAACUCCCAUUUCCCAGUUUCGAGAGCGCGAACCGCAGGCUUUCUUUAGGGUUUUUCUUUUUCUGCUGAGUGAAACUGUAGAGAACACUGUUAUUUAUAGCUAUGAAACUGUUUACGCUGGAAAUAGUGUAGCCAAUAAUGCCGGGCAUCCCUUUAGUAGCUCGCGAAACCUCAUCGUAUACAAGAAGCACGGAUCAGAUGUGCCGUGAAGAUGGUCGUAUGCAUUUAUCCGCAGAAGAGGAAAUGGCAGCUGAAGAGAGUCUUUCCAUAUAUUGCAAACCUGUCGAACUCUAUAACAUCCUCCAACGUCGCGCCAUAAGAAAUCCAUCAUUUCUGCAAAGAUGUUUGAACUACAAAAUUCAAGCAAAGCACAAAAGGAGAAUACAAGUGACUGUCUCUCUGUUUGUGACUGUGAAUGGAAGUGCACUAUCUCGUAGUCUGUUUCCAUUAUACAUUUUAUUGGCGAGAACAGCUUCAGGCAUGGGAGGCACAGAGUAUACUACAGUAUAUCGCUUUCAUCGGGCAUGUGUGUUGACCAAAUUCUCUGGAAUCGAGGGAAGUACCCAGGCUCAAGCAAAUUUUGUUCUCCCUGAGAUUAACAAGUUAGCAUUGGAGGUCAAAUCUGGCUCACUUGCAAUAUUGUUUGUUAGCAGUGCUGGGUCCCAAAGUUCAAUGCAUGGAGUUGAUUUGAUCAAGGGUCAUUCGGAAAAUGUUGGAGGAUGCUGCCUAUUGGGCACAAUACCUCUGGAAUCGCUCUAUAUGUCAUGGGAGAAGUCUCCAAACUUGAGUUUGGGACAAAGAGUGGAGGUGCCGUCGCAGGUUGACAUGAAAUCAUGCUUCUUGAAGUUAAAUUAUUUGAAUGAUGAAAAAUGCCUUUCAGUUCAAACUCCAUAUAAUUCUGAAACCGUGAAUAUAUCACAACGAAUACAAGUCAACAUUUCUGCAGAAGAGGUUGGGGCCAAGGAAAAAUCUCCUUAUCACUCAUACACAUGCAGCGACAUUUCUUCUUCAUCAUUUUCUCAUAUAAUUCGGUUGAGGGCUGGAAAUGUCAUUUUCAACUAUAGGUAUUACAAUAAUAAGUUGCAAAAGACUGAAGUAACUGAAGACUUUUCGUGCCCAUUCUGCUUGGUAAAAUGUGGAAGCUUUAGGGGUCUAAGAUAUCAUUUGCCUUCGUCACAUGAUCUCUUCAACUUUGAAUUUUGGGUAACUGAAGAGUUUCAAGCUGUAAAUAUAUCAGUGAAGACUGAUAACUGGAGAUCUGAGAUUGUUGCUGAUGGUGUUGAUCCAAAGCAACAGACAUUUUUCUUCUGCUCAAACAAACCAAGGCACAAACAAAAACAGGACCUUGUUCAAAAUGCAAAGCAUGUACAUCCAUUCAUCCUUGAGUCAAACCUGCGCAAUGGAGCCCCCAAUAUCCUUGAUAAGGCUGAUGGUAGGAAGGAUUUGCCUAUUGCCAGCUUUGGUGCUGCGUCAUGUGCGGAACAUGUUCCUUCCAGCUUUGAUGUUGUAGGGGUUUCGGGUUCUGCACCACAAGCAUAUCCUGAUCCUGAAUGUGUUCAGUCAGCAUCUGGAAAUAACUUUGCACCCCCUGCCAUGUUGCAAUUUGCUAAGACAAGGAAAUUAUCCAUUGAACGGUCUGACCUGAGAAACCGUACCCUCCUUCACAGAAGGCAGUUUUUUCACUCACAUAGAGCUCAGCCAAUGGCAAUUGAGCAAGUAUUGUCAGAUCGGGAUAGUGAAGAUGAAGUUGAUGAUGAUGUUGCGGAUUUUGAAGAUAGAAGGAUGCUUGAUGAUUUUGUGGAUGUUACUAAAGAUGAAAAGCAAAUGAUGCACUUAUGGAACUCAUUUGUGAGGAAGCAGCGCGUCCUGGCAGAUGGCCAUAUCGCUUGGGCAUGCGAGGCAUUCUCAAGAUUACAUGGGCAUGAUCUUGUCCGAGCCCCAGCCCUACUUUGGUGUUGGAGAUUAUUUAUGAUAAAAUUAUGGAAUCAUGGUCUCCUUGAUGCCCGUACCAUGAACAGUUGUAAUAUUACCCUUGAGCAAUACCAACAGCAGGUUUCAGAUCCUGUGAAAAGCUAAAGAGAGAUGACAAAACAAACAAGUUUAUUUUUGUUGGUGAUCAAUGAAAUGAGAAGGCAAAGAGGAAAUGCUUCCUUAUCAUUUACCAAUGAAAGGCAAGGCGAUUCCUGCUUUUUUCGCUCUGGAGGUUUGAUGGCCUACUUUGCCUCCUGUCUUCUUGUAAUUGUUAUGUUGUACCAUGUUUUUCCCGAUCGAUAAUCAUUUCAAAGCGCCAAAAUCAUUGAGAAUCAAUUAUUAUUAUUAUUAUUAUUAUUAUUAUUUAUUUAUUGGUAAUGAUUUUAAACCUGCUUUAAUUGUCAUGUGAUUAUGUCUACUUGAUAACUUUUGCUUAUAUAGCAGUGUAUGUUGAUUUA